AUGUUUGACUGUGGUAAUUGUUGUCGAGAUCUUGACUUACGUGAACGUUUCAAUCGAAAUACAAUUGCUUCGAUUUUGGCUGGUGUUAUUUUUGCAAUUGGUUGGUGGAUCAUCAUCGAUGGUACUUGCCAAUAUCCUUCGCAUGCCGAUUUUAACAAGAUAUAUUUUAUCAUUGGUUCAAUAGGUACAUUCGCAUUGAUUCUGGUUAAUUCUGUAUCGAAUUCACAAGUUAGAGGUGAAAGCUAUAGCGACAGUUGUAUUGGUCCAGUCGCUGCCCGCAUUAUUCUUUUCAUUGCAUUUCUACUUGCAUUUGGUUCAGUUAUUGGCGGUGCUUGGGUAUUAUUUGGCUACUAUGUACCAUAUAAAACAGAUAAAAUAUACCCAGGAAUUGCUAUUUUCAGUCAGAAUCUUGCUAUUUUCAUUAGUACGUUAAUUCUGAAAUUUGGCCGCAAAGAAGACCUAAGUUAUUAA